AUGUUUCCGUGGCAAGGGGAAGGAAAGUCAAGUGUCAUGAGCUCGAAUUCUACGUCUGCUUCUCAACAGCAGCAGCAGAAAAGUAAAGGAGCUCAUCUACGGUGGCGGUCAGCGACUUUUUGGCGCAAUCAAACAACUGACUCGCAAGACUCCGAGCAGCGGUCAUCAAACAAGGCAUCAGAUAAAUCUUCUGCCGAGCCCACUAGAGCCCGUGGUACUUCCAAGCCAGACUCUCCAGGUGAAGAGAUAGCUAGCUCGGAAAGUCGGGCUAGUCCUAUUGAUGUUGACGAGGAUGAGGAUGAAGAUGGCAUUUCGGAAGGCGGUGAUAUCGAGCCAUCAGCGCAGGAUACACAACAUACUGCUACCCAUUCAGCCAGUAAUACAAAGCCAAAUCCGGAUUCAUCUACAUCCACUGGCCCUCCACCUACCGCUCAUAGCGUUCCGGCUGCAAAUAAAGCCGCGAUCCUUCAACGGCUGAGUGAAGGGACGAUGCCGCCAAACCGUCACUAUGGUAGGCGGCUCAAUGCCAAAGAAGAGGUCAAGCUUUUCGAAAUAUGCAAUAGACACUCAAAGUCUUUUGGAGAGCGUAGCAAAAUAUGUGAAUGGUGGAAGACUAUCGCUAACGACUUCUGCAACGAGCAUGGCGGGCCAUAUUCAUGGCAUUCUGUUCGGCGCAAGGUCGAGCUUGUGACGAAGCAGCGCAUCCAGACUAUCUCUGAUCAGGAGGAAGGCAGAGACGAUAGGAGAGCAAAGGAUGAUAGGUUCAGUGAAGAACUAUGCAGGGUUCUAGAUGAAUGGAUCCCCGUUUGGAAACGCUUCGAGGAAUCAGAAAAGAGGCGCAUCGAGGUCCGCGACUAUCGGUCGACGGCGAAAAAGAGAAAAGAGCCUCCUACUACCCCACAGGGACAUGUCCCCUGGCAUGCAAGUGCGCAAAGAUGGAGGAACUAUACGCCGUCCGAUCCCCGAUACCCAGCCUCUCCAGCAGCAUACCCGCAUCCGCAAAUGGGGUCUUCACCUGCAACCCCAGUGCAGCCAGGGUUUCACGCAUCAGGAGGAGUCAAAUUGCCGGAAGGGUACGAUACGAUGUUCAGGGGUCCUCAACAGCCUACACCGCCAUCACAGGCACCGCCAAUGCCAAUUCCUUAUCCUCCGCCUCCGCCUCAUUUUUCCACAUCACUCGGUCCUCCUCCACCACUUCCUCCCCAACACCCAUCUCAACAACACCCUCAGCCUCCAAACGGUCCAGUAUUAGCCGGCAUUCAAAACGCUGCUGUCAACAACUCGUCGGAGACAUCUGUGACAACAGCAGUUCUAGAAACACUCAGCAAGCUGAAUAAACACCUAGAACAGGCUGCUUCUUCAGGGACCGAUAAAUCGAACGCAACGACAACAUCACCAAUUGUCACCGCUCUCGCAAAUGCUGUUGGGGUAACCAUUGCCGGGAACAAGACGUCCGAAACCACAGCAACAGAGACAGAAAAAUCGCCUGCACCACCCGAAACCGACACAUCUCCUUCGCCCAAUAACCUGGCCACUGCCUCCAACAGCACGCCAUAUCCUUCAUCUCUAACAGGGUCGGAUCUUUCAAAACUCAAGGAAGCACUCAAAGAAGAGAUCCGCAAAGAGUUCCAGACUGAACUUCGAAAGCUCAACGAAGCGUUUCAGGAAAGGCUUAGUGCUAUGGAGCAAACCCAGGAGAUGAUCGUUGAAAUGUUGCGGCAAGAACCUGGAAGAGAAUCAUCAUGA